GGCACGAUUUGUAAACAUAGCGAUUUAACAUUUGAUUCGAAAGCGUAACCUUCGAAGCUCGCAGUAAAAAAAAAAUGGACGAGGGUGGAGAUUUUGACAUGAUCAUUAACCACAAUCACAAUAGUAAUGAAGACCAUAAAAAUAAUAAAAUAAUCUGUAGCUUACAUAUGCAGAGUGAAGCCAGCUGUAUAUCAGUCGCUGUAGGUGUUUGUGCUGAAAAUGCCACACACACCGAUUUCGUUUCAAAAAGCGAAGCUGAUUGUUUUGAUCCCUCUACUGCGUGGAGCCUAACUUCUAAUCUCUCAGAAUAUAUGUUUAAUGUGACCACCACCUGCAGCACGGGCAACAUCAAUGCGAUAAGAGAAUUCCUCCCCGGCUGUUUAGUGAUGAAUGCAAUGACAGCGGAGGACUACAAAGAAACUUACUGGCCGAGGCUGGAAAAAGCAGUUGAACAUCUGCUAACUCAAAGCCCAGUGAAAUACACUUCUAUCUCCUAUGAACAGAUUUACAGUCAUGUUUAUAAGUGUGUGUGCCAGCAAUAUUCAGAACAACUUUACAGUGACCUGAUAUGGAAGAUAACAUCUCACUUACAGAAAUUGUGCUUAGAAUUGCAGGAGAGCCGACCUGAAAGUUUUGUCGAAAACUUCAAUCUUUCUUUUAAUCAGUACAUGGCUGCAAUUCAGUGCAUCGUUCCUGUUUUCACUUAUAUGAACAAGUUCUACAUUGAAACUAAGUUGAAUAGAGACCUGAAGGAUGACCUCAUGGACCUUUUCUCAGCUCAUGUGGCAGAGAAACAUAUUAGUAUGUUAAUAUCUCUCCUUACGAAAUCUGAUGCCAUGCCAUUUCAGAUUAAACCAUCAACCAUGGCAAGUGUGGUAAAAGGCCUUUAUGCUCUGCGGCCAGAUUGGUCUCAACUAGCCCCUAAUCUGUUUUCAAAAUUCAUUCCCCAAAUUCACUCUCCUGUUUUGGAGUCAGAUCUGCUGUGUUACGCAGCUCAAGACAAGAAAUUACAAAUGGACCUUUUACUACAUGGUUUUUCCAGAGAGAUAUAUGGAUCCUUUCCCGAUACAGCAAAUUCUUCUGAGCAAAUAAAGAAAAGGUGGAGUGAAAAGAAGAAAAAAGAUUUAGAGAUGCUGUGAAAUGCUUCAAAUUAACAGAUUAUACCUUUGGCGUGUAACCAGUCACGUAAAAGAGCGAAUGAAGGAUCCUGAAAAAUCUGCAGGGGAAACAUAAGCGAAUACUCUAAGAUACUACAAGAAGGCCUCCUACUGCUGACUGUUACAGUAUUAAUCCAGGCACAAUUAACACAAUUAACAGAAGAAUAAAGAAUUCCAUGCUAUUUAAAUUUUACUGGAUAUACUUUAUAUAAAAGUGACAGAUGAGUGCUUUGUGCUAUGUAGGAACAGGAAAUAAUUAAAAUAUAUAAAUAUUUUACAUACUGUAUCUUCUAUGGAGGACAAAACAUGAUAAAUAAAUUUUCAUUCAUCUAUUUUUAUUUAUUUAUUUAUUUAUUUAUUUAUUUAUAAUUUUUUUCCCUAAUUUAGUCGUGUCCAAUUCCUCCCAGUCACUAGGGGACUCCCACAUUAAGGCUACUACUACCACUCAGUCGGGAGGGCCGAAGACUAUCAUGUGGUUCCUCCACACCACGUGACGUCAGCCGACCGCAUCUUUUCAAACUGCUCGCUCACGCACCGUUAGGGGCGGCGUAACACACAUGGAGCUACUUCUCCUUCCGCUUGCGUGAGCUCACAGAUGCCCCUGAUUGGCUGUAGUGCCGUGAUUAAUGUGAGAGCACUAAGUACUUCUCAUCCCUCCCCUGUGAGAGAGCUUGGCCAAUCAAACAUUCUAUGUAUCCAAUCAAACAUUCUAUGUAUAAUAAUAUGAAGAGAUUUAAAUUAUGACAGGACAAAUAUGUACUGUAAUUAUUCCUAAUUUUAAAUAAUUAAAGUAGCUUCUUCAAAGUAGCUACCUUUUGCUUUAAUGGCAGCUUUACAGUAUACACUUUUACAGAUGUUUUUUUAAACAAUUCAAUUCAAUUUCAUUUGUAUUGCGCUUUAAACUAAUUAUCAUUAUCGCAAACUAGCUUUACAUAAUCAAUAGAAAAUUUGUAUAAAAUGUGAAAAAUAUGUAUGAAACAAAAUGAUUAGAUAGUCCCUGCUGAGCAAGCCGAAGGCCAGGAAAAACUUCCUGACAUUCAAUCCUGACAUGGCAAUAGGAAGAAACCUUGAGAGAAACCAGACUCAAAAGGGAAUCCAAUCUCAUUUGGGUGAUAACGAAUAGCCUGGAUUGAUCUGCAGUCAUACUGUUUGUUAGGCGGCUGUAAUUUCAAUAUAACAGUUGAUGUGUUUAAGUUAAUAUAGAGUCUAGUUUGUCAUUGGACAACAGCUGUCUGCAUCAGCCGGGACCAGGAACUGUCCCCAGUCACCACAUGCAUCCUAAGCAGACAACGUGGGGCAACCAAGCUGCGACAUCUCCAACCAGACGUGGGGUAGAGGGGUUCUGGAUCACUUGCAGCACAGGAGCAACAUGUUUAGCUCGACAGAAGGAGACAGGGAGGGGGAGAGAACAGUGCAUCUUACUGUGAAUCAUGUUUAUGCUGUUUUUCUAUGUUGUACUCAGCUUCUUUGCUUUAACAAUAAAACAAUUGGCUUGGUGCACCCAACAUCACCAUGAAAAUGGCAAAGAUUACUAAUCCCUUAUCACUCACCACUUAUGCUCUGGAAGCUACAAAUAUGUUCAGGCAAUCCUGUUAAGCCUGCCUUAUUUGUGUGUUGCCUUAUUUGUGUGUUACCUUAUUUGUUACCUUUUGUUUGCAUGUGAUCUUCCCAAGUGUGUAGUAUUUUGAUAAUGCAGAAUUGAGUAUGUUGUUACUUAAUUACCUACUGCCAUAUUUCUAAUGCUAAUGCUAUUUAACCUUUUUUUUUUUUUCAAGUAAGCACUGUAAAUAUGUAUUAAGCACAACCGUGCUGUACAGUGAGUCUAUGUCCAGUGCCUUUAAUCAUGAAUCCACUUUGUGAUUGACCGGGGAAAAUCUACAAUUUUAUUUUUCCAUUUUUUUUGUUUUUUGCAAAAGUAGCUACUUUUUGCCUGUUUACUGUACCUUUAAACAUUUACAAAUCUAUAUUAUGGUAGGAAAAUAAAGAAAAGUGUCCAAAAGUCAAAGUCAACUUUAUAGUUGAUUCUGCUACAUGUACAGUAUAAAGAAUUGAAAUAACGUUACUUUUCGCCCCCUUACAAACAACAUUAAGUAAAAAAAAAAAAAAAUUUUGUAAAAAAAAAUUACACAAACUAAGACUAUCACAGUAGACAAAUGUCACAGUUAUUUGUCCUGCAAAAAGGUUUAUUAGUUUAUUAGAAUGAUCCGCCUCAGAAGCUGCUAAAUCUAUAAACUCCUCAGAUUAGAGCCCACAUAAAUUCUUCUUUGAGUUCCACUGAUUUCCACUGUUCAGAGGAGACUGCGUGAGUCAAAAAUUUUAUGGUCAAAGAAACCAUUACUUUAACAGACAAAACAGGUAGAAGAAACCUGCUUAGGCCAAGAAAACCAAAGAUUUGGCAUUAAAUCAGUGGGAAACUGUCCUAUUGUCUGGGAUCCGAGAUUUUGGUUUCAACCUCUAUUAGAAUUAAGAAUUUUUUAUAUCUCAAACGGGUCAGCUGUGAUAAUGCCUUAAACUUAUGCUGAAAAGUGGUUACUCACAUUGAGUAACAUCAUAGUGUGAUGCUUUUUUUUUCAGCAUCUGCAGCCUAUUCUACACACAUACAUACACACAUUACAAAUGUCAACAUUCACACUCACAGACACACACACAAAUAAACGAUUGUACACACUCAUACACACGAACACGCACAAACAUACUUGUAUAUUGCACACCUCUCUCUAACGCACGCAUGCAGAAACACACAUACACAUUAACAAGUCAUGUCUCACACAUGCAUCUCAAAUGUUAACACACAGACACACACCACCCACAAACAUGCACAAACACAUUUACUCAUUACACACAGACUGACACACCCAUACGUCACACACACAUACGCACUCAACGAAUAUUUAGUGCCCAAACUGACAUGAGCCCUAUAUGUAUGACAUGUGCAAGUUGAGCAGUGCACUCGGGAGGCGAUGGCACAGGGUGCUUGGGCCUGCUUAUCAUUGCUUGCAACUAUAUCUUAAACUUUGUUUUUCAUUUUAUUUUUUGCUGUAAAAAUGCAUUUAAAAAUGAAAUGCUUGAAAUAAUCAUUGUAAGAAAUGUACAAAAAGUAUACAUUAAAAUAAAAAUUUUAAUACACAGUAGAUUCAGUAUAUUUUUAGUUAAAUUUAAAUAAACUUAUUCAUACUUAUAUUUAGUGCACCACUCUCUAUCUUUUGUGCGUGCCCUUUCAAACGUUUUUUUUCACCUUGAAUUUCUCCCACAUGCUCUCUAACUCAUUUUUGGGUGCUGAAACUCACUUUUGCAUUUUCAGGCUCAUUUAUGUGCGUUUUAACUCAUUUUAACUCACUUUAACUUUUAACUUUGUUCGGAAAACAGUUUAUAUUUCUGUUUGUGUGUUUUUAAGACAACCUGAAGUUUUGUUGAUGACAAAUAAACUAUGGAACUGUUUACUGUUUAAAAACUGUUUUUUGUAACCUUGUGCAAAUAAUUUGUUGAACUCGAA